AUGGAUAAUAUAUACAAGUUUAAAGCUAAUACUUCAACCAUGCAUUUAUAGCAUCUGAAUAAUGAUAAACAAUUUUAUUCUGAAGAUGAAUCCUCUGAAUUGAAUUAGAAAUAGGAGGUUUACUUAAAAUAAAUCAGUAAACCACCCAGUAAAAUGUCACAUUUUAGUUAAAACCUUACAGGUUAUUAUACUGAUGAUUCGGACAAAGAUUCUUCAAGGGAUGUUAAAAGAGGACCAAUUAGUAAAAUUAAAUUUAAUGUAGGUUAAAAACUGUCAAAAUUUAGGAAUUUAAUGAAUCCAAUAGAAGGUGAUAUUGAGGGUGCUUAGGAGGAACAAGAAGAAGAUGCUCAAACAGACAUAACUCAUAGUAAUUAUGAAGAACCUUCUAACAUAACAAUAUAAUCAAGCAAACUUCAAUAGAAAUUGAAGUAGUACAAUAAUGAAUAGAUUUUUUUAGUGUAUGAUAUAUAUAAUCAUAGCAAAUUGUAGAGAAAUGCUAAUUCGGACAUAGAAUACUCAAAAUCCAAAUAGAAUAUUCAAGGCAAAUUAUCAUUUCAUCCUUUUCGUCAUCUCAUAUACAGCCCAUCCAUCAGUGAAACCACAUUUAAUAAAUUUUUACGCCUCAUCUAAAGAGGACUAAUUUAUGCUAAGCGAUGUCUUAAGGAACCCAGUUAUAAUUAUAUUAAGUGCAAAGCUUUAGUGUUACCAGAAGCCAGAAUUCCUAAAACAAAAACCUUACUCUUAGAUUUAGAUGAAACAUUAAUUCAUAGUUGUUCAGCUAGGGAUCAAUAUCAAACUUCCAUACUUGCAGUGAAUGAUUAAGGAGAGCAAGCAAGAGUAAUUGUAUAUUUAUAAUUUUAGAUAUAUUUAAAUAUUCGACCAUUUUGUUUAUGGUUCCUGUAGUAAAUGAGUUUACUCUACACUAUCUAUGUGUUCACAGCUUCGUCCAGUGUUUAUGCUAGUGCCAUUGUAAGGUACUUGGAUCCGAAGGGUCAGUGGAUUUCUGGAAUCUUAUCAAGGCAGAAUUGUUUGGAGACUAAACAGGGAUUUUAUAUAAAGGAUCUUCGGAUUAUAUCCAAUAAGCAAAUAAAGAAUAUGCUGAUUGUUGAUAAUUUGGCUCAUUCGUUUGGGUUUUAGAUUGACAAUGGGAUUCCCAUACUAGAAUGGCAUGAUGACAUGAAUGAUUAGGAACUCAAAUAUUUAGCAACCUAUUUAAUGGAAGCGGCUGAUUAGGAAAAUCUUAGUCUCUUCAAUAAAAACCGUCAAAGGCUACUUGAUUUAAUUGAAUAUAAAUUCGAUUGA